ACCCAACGCACAAAUCCAAUCGCCUUGAAACAUUCGUCGAGAACGGUUCGAAGGAAUAAAGUGUCAAGUCAGCGUGUGAAAGGAACUUGAAACUGCCACGAAAUACUAGAAAGUGUCGCGCUCCAGAUAUAAGAAAUUUGCUCUUAUCGCGACUGUAUAGUGAAGAUAAAGUGAUUUUAUUGGAAAAAGUAGAAUGCUUACAGCUAUGAAACUUUUGUUAUAAAAUGGUUUUAAUGGUUAUAUAUUGAAAUAUAUAAAUAAUAUAAACAAAACUCGAUUUAAUAACAAGGACUUUAGAAAAGAAUUCAAAUUAUAAUCUCUAUUACUAGACAUUGUCAAACAUGAAUCAACAAUGGUUCGUUAUAUGUCUUUUAAUAGCAUGUGCACAUCUAUCGCAUCAGAUAUCAACACCAAAUUCAAUAACUUAUAAAGCAGCUGUAGUAGAAUAUAAUCCAAAAUAUGUAAACAAUGCCAAGGAGACUUUAAGCACAAAUUCUGAUGCAUAUGUUAAACAUAUUAAAACAGCUAAGAGAAGGGAUGCUGAUAUCAUUGUUUUCCCUGAAGAUGGAUUAACAACAACUAAUCUUCCUGAAAGGGAAGAAAUGGAAAAUUGGACAACUAUUAUCCCCGCUGCUUCAGAAAACUAUACACCUUGUAUUAACAGUACUUUUGAAGUCAGUGAUACACUGAGAAAAAUCUCUUGUGCUGCAAGAGGUAAUGAAAUUUAUGUGGUAAUCAAUAUUGCUGAGAAACUGCCUUGUACUGAAAAUGUAUGCCCAAAAGAUAAGAUAUUUUAUUAUAAUAGUAACGUUGUAUUUGAUCGCACAGGAAAAAUUAUCGCCAGGUAUCGUAAAACGAAUCUUUUUAUCGAACGACAAUUUAAUGUGACAUUAGUACCAGAAAUAGUAACUUUUGAUACUGAUUUUGGAGUCAAAUUUGGAACUUUUAUAUGUUUUGAUAUAUUAUUUUACGAGCCUGCAUUACAAUUAACAAGGCUUCAUCAAGUUACUGACAUUGUAUAUACUACAGCAUGGUUUUCUGAAGCACCAUUCUUAACAGCUGUACAAACACAAGCAGGAUGGUCAUUUAGUGAAGAUGUGAAUUUUUUAGCUUCCGGUUAUAACAAACCUAGUGUUGGUAGUACUGGUAGUGGAAUUUAUUUAGGUCGUAAAGGAAUUGCUACUGCAAUAAUGUCUAACACUAUACACGAAGAAGUAUUGGUAUUUGAAGUACCCAAGAAAAACAAGAAAAACAGAUUUAAUAAGAACCAUCACGAUCAUUCAAAAGGCCACGAUCAAAAAGUUGUAUCAUACAAUACUAAAGUUUCACCACUUAUGGAGGAAAGUAUGCGCGAGAAGUUAUGGGAAAAUAAAAAUAAAUUUGACAAUACAGUGAUAGAUAAUAAUACCCUAUUUUUACACACUGACAAUAUUAGUGCCUUUAAAACGUCUUCCUUGGAAGGAGACACCAACAAGACUGUCUGCCAUAAUAACUUCUGCUGCGAUUUUAAAAUACAAGUGACACUAGAUUCAAAUACAAAGUAUCGUUUAGUAGCUUUUAAUGGUCUUCGUAUUUAUGGUAUCGUUGAAGCUGGCGUACAAGCAUGCGGUAUAAUUCAAUGUUCAAACGACGCGAUCUCAUCGUGCGGUUCUGUACAAGAAUCGAAAACAACAUUCGGCAACAUUGAAGUUACAGCAACGUUCCACGAUUACAAGAACCUUUUGAUCAUGCCAUCUACGUUACGUUCAGAUUUACUUCCGCUUUCUAAAAACUGGACAUAUGACGAACAUGUUCAUGAUGAUCAUGUGCACGUUAAUAUGUUUUUAGAUAACAGUACAAAUAAUUUAAUAACGUUUGGAAUAUAUUCGAGAUACUUUAAGAGCGAUGCAAGUAGAAUAGCUUCUGAUGUUGUUCACUAUUUCAUAGCAUUAUUAGUAAGUUUGUUGUUAUCAAGAUUGUAAUUUGUAUUUAUUUUCUACAGAUGCAACGAUAUUGUAUGCAUCUGUGGAUAUAUUAAUUGUAUUAAAUAUAUAUUUUAUAUAUAGA